AUGCAGUGCUAUCCGAAGUUGUCCCCUAAGCGCGAGCCCCCCGAGAUGGGCUACGACCCGGAGAUGCUGGGUGCCCGCCGGCUGGAGCUUCCCGCGCCGCCUGGCAAGGAGUUCCGUGCACCUGUGCUGCUGCCGGCGCCAGCGCCGCACUCCGUGAUCCAAUGCAUGCGACCACCACCACCACCGCCACCACCCGUGCCACGUCUCCACAAGCCACCGCCUUUCGAGGAACCCUCUAGCUCCAUUCCAGAUCUAGUUAAAACAUCGCAACGUAGCGUCGUA